AUGAACCACUUGGUGUUUUUAGUGGCAUCCCUUUUAACGGUGGCGUCAGUGCAAGCCGUCUUGGACCAGGCGAAAUUCAGUCCCAAACUUCUAGAACUAUCGAAAACUGUACACGGAACCUGUGUGUCUAAAUCCGGUACAGACGAGGCGUCGAUCAAGAAAGUAAUAAACGGCGAAUUUACUGAUGAACCGAAAAUAAAGGUUUACAUGAGAUGCAUCCUCACAGAAAGUGGAGUGAUAACUGACGAAAAAGGACUGAAUGUGGAACUGGCUACUCAACUACUACCAUCUGAAGUUAAAGACGAAGUUUUAGCCAACACGAAAACCUGUCUGGCAAAAAUUAAAGGUAUCACGAAUAAAGAAGAUAGAGUAUUUAAUUUCUUCAAAUGUUUUUAUGGCUUAAAUCCCAAUAUUCUGGUCGUCUAG